AUGACGGGAGUGACUUGCUGUGUCUUGCUCACCAAAUGUUUCCUAUUCAAUUUUCAUCGGGAGACGGGGACGAAUACUGGACUGGUCUACGCGGUUCUCAUUGCGCCAUUGAUUCUCACGUGGGUAGAAACCACGUUCCUAAUAUGCCGCGUCAUUCCACAGGAGAAAGCUGCUUCCCGUGUUGCUUCUUGUUUGCAUUUGGAUGGAGCCGAGGAAACUCAAAGUCUUCUGGGCAGUCGACUCACCGUGCGCCAUGGCAUAUCCCAUUACACCGCAAGUGCUGGCUAUUUUACUCCUCAGGGUUCUGUUUUCGCCGAUGAUAUUGUUCGGUUGCCCGUACCUAUUCGGACUACUCGUGAAGCUGCGGUUGAUGUAGCCGCUCUCCUCAAUCGAGCUAGUUUAUUACGUUCGGAACUGUGGUACCUCUAUGCUCUCGAGGUUUGGGGGCCGGAUCCACCAGCGUUUUGUGACCUGUCCGUUCGUAGUAGCAACGUUCGUGAUUACGGACCGAAGGUUUUCCGAAUGGAGGCUCUGCUGGACGCUCCCGCCUACAAGAUUUAUCAUGAUCUAGUCUAUAAUGUUUGCCAAGCGCCAUCUUGGAAUACCACAAUCGAGUCCAUUGAAGUGAGUUUCAAUUGA